UGUGUUUAACACAAAUAAAAGUAAAAGUUCUAAUCGUGCGUAGUUUUCUUAUGAUUAUUAGUGUUUGCGUUUGUUUUACUUAUCUAAACAGCAUAAUAUUAACAACAAUUUCAAAAACAAAUGGCGCCAGGACAGUUGGCAUUUUAGUUAGCUUUUCGGUUUCAUACAACAACAAAGAGUACAAAUAUGUUGGUCGAGUUGAAGAUAGCUGCGUUUAUUAACUUCUUCAAUCAGCGAAUGUGAUAGGUUCUGCCUUAAUAAUGAUAUAAGUUAAUUUGUAAUGUACAAAUAUUGUUAAGUUUUGCUAUGAGAGAUGAUAAGCAGCUAUUUUCCAAUUCAAUGGAGUCCACAGCAGAUGGCACAAAUGCAGCAGCAGUCUCAAAAGAAGUGACUGCGGCAACAACAACAACCAUUGCCGGCAACGAAGUGCCGUCGGGCACGGGAUCGGGUUAUAGUUCGGAAACGGAUUCUGCGCCAGAAUCCGUGAGAUGCCAUACAGGUGGUCAAGAACAACAACAACGGUAUCGCAAUAAUAGAUGGGGUCCACAAAAUAAACAACAUUACAACAACAAUAGAUUUGAACCGGUAAAUGAACGAUACCACAAUAAUAGAAAUGGACCAAGAAAUGCAAAUGGAAAUGGAAAUUGGCACCAGUUCCAGUCAUAUAACUCGAGACCCUGGCAAAACGGACGCAGGACACAUUUUAAUAAUAAUAAUAAUAAUUGGAACAACAAUUCAAACUAUUCAAGAAAUAACUCGCGUAAUUCAUACCAUAAUCAAAACAAUUCAAACUGGCAGCAUAAUAACAACAAUUGGAAGAGCUCGGACUCUUUCAACUCAUAUAAUUGCGGUGAUAGACCGGAUUUUCGAAGAAAUACAUCCAAUAAACUGGUGAAAUGGUCGACGAGGGACACUCAAGACAGAACUGAUUACUAUAGAAAUUCAAGACGAAGCAGGGAGAAAUCAUACGAUAGGAGAGAAUCCGACUGGGAUCAGAGUUCCAGUCGAUCGCAAAGUUGUGAGUCUAGGGAAAGUCGAAAAGAGAGAAACAAAGACAGGGAAAAUGAUAUUGAAAACCCAACCAGUGAACAAAAGGAAAAACAGCAAAAGCUGCAAUUAAAUAAAGAAAGAAAAAAAAGCCAAAACGAUAAACAAAUUAGUAUUAAAAAGAAAGGAAACAUUAAAAAACCCAGUUCAAGAGAAAACUCAACAGACAGGAAAAAAAGCGUUGAAACUGAAAAAGCUGCUCCAUGUGAAAAAUUGGAGAAAAGCAUUUCAGCAAAGCCGAAGGAUGUUAUAAAAGAUACUCUCAACACUGUGAAGAUAGAUGAAAUUAGUUCAAAGUCCAUUGAUAACGACAAUACGACAACACAACCCACACAGAAUUUAAAUGAAGCUCAGUCCAAACUCAUCACAGAAAUUAAGUUGAACCCAGUUGAGGAUGAAAAGGAAACAGGAGCUAUUAGCACAUAUCCUCAGAUACAGGUGCGACCAUUAAGCGAGCUCCUAAAGCAGGAAAUAAUCGCUGUGACACAAGAGAAACUUCAGGUUGAUAGUCCAGUUUCCCCUAGUGGAAAUACAGUCAUCACACCUCCUCCGCGUCCUGUAUCCCAAAUCCGUCGACAUAUUGUCGGCAGUGCUGCAAAUAAUGGUGGCAUUGGCGAGUCCAUCAUUAAUGAUCGUUUGGCCAAUAUGGACAAGGAGAGUCUCAAGUAUAUCAUCAAUAAUAGUGAUACCAUUUACAACGAGCAUUUAAAAUCUCAGGCGCGACGACGUCUCCGCGACGAGAUACGACGUCAACUGAAGGAGAUUGAAUUCGAGCAGCCAAAGGAUAAACCACCGAAGGAUCUAGUCGAGGACGAAAUCGUGGAUGCCAUCAAAUUGCCACAGCUUUUGCUUAAAGAGAUUGAAAAGUGUUUUGGCAUUGACAUAUCCGAACCAAAGACUACGGAGGAGAACAAUACAGGCUCCGCUGAGAAUAAAGAAGAAAAUAGCCCAGAGACCUUGAAGAGUGAGAUAGUUACAGCUGAGAGCGAUCAGUCUGUUAUAGAGAUCGAAAAUUUCAAUUCAGAAAAACAUCCUGACGAAGAAGAGCUGCCAGAAACCAAGGAGUUACCGGACAGCAUGGCCAAGGAGAGCUCAACAGAUUUAACGACUCGCCUUAAAAUUGCCGAGCAAUUCAAGGCCUUGGCGGCCAAAAAAUCUAUCAGUGCUCAGCUGACUGAAGCUGCCAAGCCUCAAAGUCCGCGAAAAGCGAAAUCCAUUGAGCAGAAAGCCAACCCACAUAUGAAGAAAAUCGAGAACAGAAAGCAAACACAAUUUUCAGAACAAGAAUCACAAAAAAAAGCGUUGCCCAUCAAAAAGGAAGUCAAAACCGAAGUCAGAGCUUCACCUAGCAUUGAUUGCAUAGUGCUGAGCUCUUCAGAGGAUGAGAAUGAAGAUGAGAAUGAGAAGGAUGUUCAGCAUGUACCGCAGUCAACAAAUGUGAUAUCCCUAGUCCAUGAGAAUGAUGUUUCCAGCGAUCUCUCAAACUCAUCCAACGAUUCGAAAGAACAGCUUUAUCAACAGAAACUCAACGAAGAUGCCGACCAUGUCGUGUCCACUUUUGAGAAGCUCAUAUUGCCGCAAUUAAAGGGUUCGCUGGCGGAUCGCUAUCGUAGCAAUCACAGUGCCAAUCUAAAAAGUCGACUGCACUUCAUCUCCUGCGUGGUGACCAGCAAUGAGCACAAUUCUCGGUCAUUUAGCAAAAUCGAAGUGGCAAGGAUACAACAGAAUCUAAAGGAAACCUACAAUCGAUUGGGCCUUGACUUCCUUUUGCGUGAAAUUGACAAUGUGGUGAAUGAAAAGCAGAAGUCGCAAACCGAGUCUAAUGAGCUUAUCACCAGUUCAUCCAAAAGCGCUGAGCUCGCGUCUGAGGCACAUCAAAGGAACGGCAGCAUUGAUGUGGAAGCUGCUGAGACAGCAUUUGCCACAGCGGAGCGUGCUUCGAUGCCACCGACACCACCACGAAAUGGCACACCCACAAAUGUGGCAAAUCCAACUCGCCCCCUUCAUGCCCUGCCCCUAGGUCCCUUUCUGGGUUUAGAAUCAACUCUGCCACGCUUAUCGCCGGGAAAUUAUCCAGUGCCCAGCAGCUUGGAGUCGAACGAUUCGAUACUCCAAAUGGGAGAGUCAGUUAUGCAUAAUCUGCUUGAUAUCGAUCGACGUUUGCUAGAGAAUCAAAAUCGUCGCGGAUUUCUCGAGGAGAUGAUUAUUAAGUUUCAAAAAGAGAAAUCCGAUCUAGAAAUGGUCAGUCUGGAGUUGCAGAGUCGCAAGUUCCUGUUGCUUAAUUCGGUAAUUUCAAGGUCGACAACAAUAAAUGCAACUCCAUCGACAGCUGCGUCAGUCACGCCCAUAAACUCACCACCGCCCACAGUUCCGGCUACAAUCGAAGCUACUUCUAGUGAAAGUUUACCUCCAGCAGCUUCUUCAAUUCCCGCAGUUGAAAAACCCAAAAAGCGUCAACGUCGCGUCAUUGUGAAGCGUGUGAAGAUUUUCCCCAAGCGCAAAGCUCGAGGCAAGUGCUUUAAGACCCUCCAGUCAAAUAAAGUUCCUGGGGAACUUGAGUCCAACAAAGAGCAGCUGGAAGAAUCGACAGACUCUGCCAUACCUGAACCAAUAGCUAAGCAGUUGAAUGUCAAACAGGAGUCCAAGAAGGAAAACGAUGACAUCAACAAACGGGCCGCAGAUUCAACUUUAGCUGGAUCUCCCAAGCGUCAGCGAUUAACCCGUUCCGCCACGUUGAAUGCCACACAACAACCGCUGGCAGUUAUACCACCGCUAUCGCCACCACCACCACCGCCGGAGCCAAUUGCCAACAUGUCCUAUGAGCUGCCUCGCAUACUCCAGAAGUCAACACCACCGUCGCCACCCGCUGAAGCUCUAAGAAAUUCAAAUCCAAUGCCUAAAAACUAUAAAUACGACUACAUACCCAGCGGGCCUUUGCAUAAAAUUACUAGUCCUAUUACUCAGAUACGCAUCUAUAAGCUGCAUAUUAUUGCCGCCUCGGAAAAUGGAGACAUCUAUGUCUUUAACAUUGCCAAUCACAAGCUAGAGCGUCAGAUCAUCAAGCACAGUGAGGCAAUUACGCAUAUGUUUCUCUGCGAGCAGGAAUCAUAUUUAUAUACUACAUCACUUGAUGGUUUUCUCAAGAAAUCAUCUCUAGAGAAUUUAGAACGCGUUAUGCAGACGGUAUAUCUGAAGGAACCAUUGCAAUCUAUUGACAUCGCCUGGGGCGUGGCAUUUGUUGGCAGUCGCUGGGGCCACAUCUUUACAUACAACAUAGCGACCAACAAAGUAAUGGACAUGCCGCUGUUGUCCACAGGACAGUCCAUAAUUGCUGUUAAGGCGACCAAGGAAGGCGCACGGAGGAUCAUAAUGCUAGGCUGCAAGGGCAACUUUGUCUUUCUACAUGAUGCGGCCAGUGGAUUGUUGCUGCGCCGUCUGAGCAUUCCCGAGGGCCUUAAUGUAUACAGUUUACUGCUCAUUGAUGGCCAUGUGUUUUGUGGCACUCAGAAAAAUGAGGUGUACAAAUUUGAAUUUGCCAGCGGCAACAUGUGCAAUUCUUUAAGCUGCGGCAAUGGAGCUGUUGCAAUGGCCGUAUAUCAAGAUAAAUAUUUGUUGAUUGGCUGCUAUGAUGGAUUUAUUUAUGUGCUAAACAAGGAGACUGGAAUGAAAUUGGGUCGUUUUAAUGGUCCUGGACGAUUGGUGUUGGCCCUGGCCAUCGUUGGCGAUAAGGUCGUCACUUCAUCAAAGGACAACGCAUUGCAAAUACUGGAAAUACCGUCUGAACUAUUGAAUCUGGAACAGUCAAAUUAAUAUAAAAGGAUCACUUAGAUUUAAUUGUAUAUUUUGAAAUAAUUUGCUUAGUUGAUAAGUCUUUGAAGACCAAAUUAAAAACAUUUAUUUUAGGAGA